AUGCCCCGGUAUCUGUUUUCUUCUGCGGUGCUGCCUAUCCUUUGCGUGUUGUUGAUAUGCUUUGGCAGUACGGCUGUGCACGCUGAGGGGAACAAACCAAAGGAAGUGCAAAUACCGGACCCUGUUGAUCUUUUUGUGCCGAGCCAAACGAUUGUGGAAACACAAGGCCAAAGUCAAAUAAGGGAUUCCUUUGUAUCACCGUCCCUCGCCAGUGCUGGUGGAGUGUUGGUUGCACUUGCCGCGGGUAACAUCAACUUUAAAUACUCCAAGGAGGAUCGUAUUUCAGUCGAUUAUGCUGAUGUUCUGGCGGCGUACUUUGACUCUGCGGAGAACUGGUCGUCUUUUGUCGCUAAGGUCCGUGCAAACGAAUGGAAGGCGUACAGCAUCUUUAACACGACCACGCAAGAGGAGCAUAACGACCGUGUGAGAUACGCGGUCCGACCCACAACAGUUGCAAAGGGCAACAAGGUUUUUCUACUUGUGGGGGGCUAUCAUCAGAAGUAUGAUCCUUCAUCGAAGAAGUGGACUGCAUCCUCACAGGGUCUUGAUUUGCUCGUGGGUGAGUCCACGCAAGAUAAACUCAUCCAAUGGGGCGAACCCACCUCAUUUGCACCACAGAUCGAGCCAUCUGCUACACAACGUGGCCUGGACCGGUUUGUUGGUGGUGGUGGCUCAGGCGUUGUGAUGGAGGAUGGCACGCUUGUGUUUCCUGUGACGGCGAGGAGGACAGGAGACAACGAAGCUGUGUCUAUGAUCAUUUAUUCGAAGGACGACGGCAAAAAUUGGUUGCUUCCACUUGGGAUGCUCCCCGUGGGGUGCACUGACCCCCUCAUCGUCGAAUGGGAGCAGGGGCAGCUUGUCAUGGUUGCCCAAUGCAAUUCUUUCUUAAGGGCGUUCGAGUCGAGGGACAUGGGGGCAAUGUGGAGGGAGACUGUCAGGACACUCACACGCGUGCAUCCCAGGUUGUUACCAGACUCUUUGCGAACAGCUGAGAGAGUGGGGUCCAUCACCACUGCGACCAUUGCUGGAAAGAAGGUCAUGCUGUACACUCAGCAAGAGAUUCCCCCUGGGGGCACGUUGCAAGCCACCGUGUCUCACCUUUGGCUCACUGACAACAACCACACGUUUCACGUCGGGCCCAUUUCCAUGGAAACUGUCACGACACCGACGUCUGGCAACACCCUGCUCUAUUCGAAAAAUGCGUUGUACUUUUUACAAGAGAGGGGCUCUUUCAGGGCAAGCAGCCUGGCUCUUGCUCCCCUAACGGAGCAGCUGAAGACGAUUACGUCCAUCUUGGAGACUUGGGCAAAAAUGGACUCCUUCCUCUCCAAGUCGUCGGUGCCCACGGCCGGUCUGAUUGGAUUCUUGUCGGAUGCAUCGGGUGAAGGAACUUGGAACGACGCGUACCAUUGCGUGGAUGCAAUUGUGACGAAUGCAAAGAAGGUCGAAAAUGGCUUUAAGU